AAAUAUUAUCUUCGUCAUUUCCGAUAGAUUUAUUUUAUUUAUUAAAUUAUUGAUUUAGGCGAAUAUUUAUUAGUCGAUAAGUACGAUCUCUACGCGCGAUAAUGUCGAUAAAGUUUCUCUCUCUCUCUCUCUCCGCGUCUUACUUUUUCUCUCUCUCACACUUUUCAUAUAAAUUUUCCUACAUUACCGACACUCAAAAAAUGUGUUUACUUCGUACGCAUAUUGUUAUCGACAUAGGAUAACACGAUCUUCGAAAUAAUAAUAUUAUCAUCGGAGUUGGAUAGUUUAACGGCGUAGCUCGUAAGAAUGGCGUCGCUGAUCGAAAAUAAUCGUGAGCGCAGGAUCCGGGAUUAUACACGAUCGUCCUAUGGGUCGUCAUUCGGCAGGAGUUUAGUCGGUGCCGGUCCCGAAACGCGUUCACGUCUGGACAUCCUGCGGGACGAGAAAUAUUAAAGAUGGCAAGGGAUAUGUACAUUUGAUAGGGCGGUCCAUUAGUGGGGGGAAAAGGAGGAAAACAAAAUUUUUCAAGUUAAGACGGGGCCUUUUUAGUGAACGCGUAGAGAAAGAGAAGAAGAAGUUAGAUUAUUACGGGAUAAUGAAUCUCUCUGGGGAAGAGAGAGAGAGAAGAGGAAGGGUGCGCGAAACGGAGGAACGUUAGGCAUUCUCGAUGACACCUACGCGACGAAUGCUAGUACAGGAUAAAGGAGAGAGCAAAGAAACGUGGGUCGUUUCGUCUUAAAGAAGGUCAGAAGGAGAAGAAAAUAUGGGAAAAGGCGAUAAAAGGGGAAUAGCACAGCGUAGCGACGCGGGGACUAAUCUCGUGGGGAAAUUUACUCAAAGCGUACGUAGGAUCGUUCAAGAUGUCAAGGACGAAGGAACGUCGAGUGGUCAAACGAAGGAAGAGGUCAUAGAGACGAACGAACGACUGAGGGUGGUAAGGAUACGUCUCGAAGGAAGUUAUGACACCGCUAAACGUGCUCUAGUAGAGCUGAUGUGCAAGUAUACGGACAGUAAACAAGUCCGUAACGUGUUUCAACGUUACAACCUCCUGAAAGUUAUGAUCAAGGAUGUGAUCAAACUAGAGACGCAGUACUGGACCCUGGUAGAUAUACCAAGGCAAGAGAAACAAGAAACCGUUCCUGCUUUCGUCCUGCGUGCCUGUUCCAUCAUGGAAAAGACACACAAGAGCGGUGAGGGCGUUAAAACCUCGGCACGAUUGGCGGAGGAAGCUGAGACGAAGAGGGAACGAAUCGAGAGACUCGAGGGCAUGACCACGGCAAUGAUCGAAUCGGAGAAUACCCAGAUGACCAAUGAUCUGUACAGGCUGCUGAAAAAGUAUACGGGACUUAGGAAUCUUAUUCGUGUUUUAAAGGAGGAGUACAACAAUUCCAAGAUAUAUCCAAUGUUUCCACGUUACACGAUCCUGAAGGAUAUGAUAAAGGAUAUAAUGCAUAAUCCAGAUUACAUGGAGGUUUGUCACGAGUUGGAUCAAGCAUAGCGGCCGGACCCCCUCCACCGUUCGCCACGGAUGACCUUGUAAAUCAAAGGUCAUUUCGAGACGCAUCGGUGAAGGGGGUGCACAGACCAUGGUAUCACCUUAUUCCUAAUUCAAUCGAGAUAAUUUAUUAUGAUCCUCGGCUUUUUUUUUUCAAGAUGCUCUUUAGAGAUCGAUCGCAUUUCUUUUUGUUUAAUUAUUUAUUUAUUUAGUUAUUCAUUUAUUUAUCUAUUUUCUUUCCUUUCUUUUUCCAUAGCGAUAGUUCAUCCUCCUCUCUAAUUGAUAUUAACGAUGAUUAGAAAUAGUACACUUUGCAAUUUUAUUUUUCUUAAACGCAUCAGGACGAUCGAAUAAUCAUGAUGCGAACUUUUUCAAUCGUUUUUCUAAUUCAAGGGAAAUAUUUAGAGAUAUCGAAUUUAGCAUAGUAGUAUAAAAAAUAAAAAAAAUAAUAAUAUGGCCGAACGAACGAACAAUAACGUACAAGAACGAUGAUCGUCAAUGCGUUGAGAUACAUUUUUUUAAUUACUAACUGAGAUAUAUUUUUUAUUUAUUUACUUAUUUAUUUAUGUACUCUUAAUACGUAUAUAUUACUUACCAAAUAGUUCUCUCGAGAUAAUGACUUAUUAAAAGCGUAAUAGCGCGUAAUUACGUAGAGAAAGAAAGAAAAGAACAAAAAAAUUAAUAAAUAAAUAAAAGAAAAGGAACAUCCUUUAAAUUCUGAUCUCGAUCGGAAUAGCCGCUUGCACAUUCGAACACAAAAUUUAAUGAGCGAAUCGCGCGAAGUUCUCGUAAACUUUCGAUCGCGCGGCAUACUUCGUGAAUUUUUUUUUUAAUCAAAGAGUAAUAAGAAGAAGAAUAAGAAGAAGAGAAUAAAGAAGUAGAAGAAAAAGAAGAAGCAGAAUAAGAAGAAGAAGAAGAUGAUAUAAAAAAAAAUACAAGAGAGAGAGAGAGAGAGAAAGAGAAAUAGAGAGAAAGAGAGAAAGAGAAAGAAAAAUGUUGCUGUUAAACGUCGCUUGUAAAAUCAAGAUAAUUAGAUAGGCAUGAACACACUUCCUCUCUUAUAAUGCCCCAUCCCCACCACCAUGACCAUCACCAUCACCAUCACCAUCACCACCACCAUGCCGCCUAUCGUCCCACCUUUAACCCCACCUUUAAAUCUAUAUCAACGAUUUCCCUGAUAAGCAUUUGUAUAUAAUAAUAAGCGCGCGUGUUCGUCCUUGAUAAUGGAUGUAACCGCGAAAUUAUGAAAGACAUAAGUGUGAAACAGAAAAUUUUCUUUUUUGCUUUAUACGCUCGAACUCGAUUUUCGUGACAACGCGUCGUGUAUGCGAAUGUGUGUAGAUGGGAAGAGAAAGAGAGAGAGAGAGAGAAGGAAAAAAACAACGUUAUCGGGUACCUCAUACGUUAUCACGAUUAUCGUAUACUCGUCGAGCUUUUGUAAAAAAGAAGAAAUAAUGAAAAAAAAUUAAACUAAAAGAAAAAAAAAAAAUUAAAAAAUUAAGAAAAGAAAAACAUAAAAUAAUGACGGGAAAGAGAAAACAAACGAGAACAGAACAGGAGGUAUAAAGAAAAAAAAAAAAAAAUACAGAGACAAGAAGAAGAAAACUAAUUAAUCGAUUUUCCGCGGUGCACAGAUGAAGAAGCGGUAUAUCUUCUAUACCUACACAACAGGACAAAUAGUAGCGAAGAAAAAAAGAAAAAAUCCGUCAAACCUCUGAAAGGAAAAGAAAAAAAAAUUAAAAAAUAAACAAAUCAAUAAAUCGAUUAAAAAAAAAACAAUAUAAGGGAAAGCAAUAUUCCCUUCACCCCCGGCGCAUACGUUUUAUAGACAUAUCGGUGCUCUAGUCAAAGAAAUAAUAAUAAUAAUUAUUAUUAUAAUAAUUAAUAAAUAAUAAUAAUAAUAAUAAUAAUAAUAAUAAUAAUAAUAAUAAUAAUAAUAAUAAUAAUAAUGAAAAACGAGAUCACGAUUUUAUUUUUACUUUCUCGUUUUUGUUUUCAUUUAUUUAUUUCUUUUUAUAUUUUUCAUUUAAAUAUAUCACAAAAAGGAUUUAACUAUUAUCGUGAUAAAAAUUCCCUAUUCGUACCGUAUAAAUAGAUAACAUUUAAGAUUGAAAUAAAUGAGAUGAAGAGAAAGAGAGCGAGAUGAUAAAACUUACGUGGAUUACAUUACUAUCGAAACCGAGAUUAAUUGAUAAUACAAAUCUAUAUAUAUGUAUACACAUAUGUAUUGAUUUAUAAUAGAAUGUCGCCUCUCAUGUGUCGUCGUUGUCGUCAUUAGAAUUACAUUAGAGUGGAAUAGUUUAUUAUGACGAAUACCCUUAAAUAAAAAAAAAAAAAAAAAAAAAGAAAGAAAAGAAAGAAAAAAAAUAACAUUUAUUUAUUCUAUUCUUUUUAUAUUUCCCUUUUUUUUCUUCUUUAAUAUUUUUUCUUGUGUUUAUCAAUUGUUAGCCCCAUUCGCGAUAAAAAGAAAAAAAAAAGAAGAAAAGAGAAAGAAAAGAGAAAAAAAAUAUAUAUAUAUAUAUACGUACGAAUUUAUAAUUGACGUGAAAGAGUGUCUAAUCGUUGCUUUGAUUCGUAAUUAAAUAAUAAACAUAUCGUGUGUGUGAGUGCGCACGUGCACGCGCGUGUAAUCGUCAUUAAAUUGUCGUCUAAACAAUGGACAUAUAAUAUGUAUAUGUAACUCGUGUAUGUAUACAUAUGUGUGUCGUUGAUGGUGUUCGAUAUCGGUUGUAAUAAAUGAUGUUAGGUCGCUGCGACGAGACAGCCAAUAAGGUUGCUGUCUCCUCCUAUACCCCGCCAGCCCAUUAAAAAUGUGCCAUUUUUUCCAAGUGCUAUACUUUAUAUUAAAUAUAUAUAUACAUACAUACAUACAUACAUACAUACAUACAUACAUACAUACAUACAUAUAUAUAUAUACAUACGUAAAUAACAUCAAUGAACGGUCAUACAUACAUAUACGUGUGCAUAGUGUAUAUAUAUAUAUAUAUAUAUAUAUAUAUAUAUAUAUAUCAAAUACAUAUAACAAUGUAAGAACGAUAAACGAUAGAGAGACAAACACGAUUGCAAUUAAGAAAAAAAGAAAGAAUAGAAAAGAUGAUCCCCCUUUAAAAAUUCGUUCGAAAAAAAUUAAUCAAAAAAUUUCUCUACAAUUAUAUAUAUUAUAUAUAUAUAUAUAUAUAUAUAUAUAUAUAUAUACAUGUUUGCUUUAUUCGUAAUACUUUUUUUAAUUAUUAAUUUGAAUCGUUUCGAGCGUCGACGUAACGACGUUUGAAGAGCAAAGAGAUAUAUCAAAAUUGUCGUGAGAGAAAUCUCCGACAUAACUAAAUAAAAAUCUUUUAAUUAAAUCAGGAAAAUCAUAUCGAUGUGAAAGAAAAAUAAUUGAAAAAAGAAGAGAGAGAGAGAGAGAGAGAGAGAGAGAGAGAGAGAAAGAGAAAGAAAAAGAAAGAAAGAAAAAGAAAGCAAGAAAGAAAGAAAACAGGGCCAAUUAAAAAAUAAAACAUUCAAUAUUUGUAACAAUCGAGAAACAAAACAAAACGAAAUGAGAACAUGGAUAAAACGAAAAUAUAAAUUCAAGCAUUUUCUCGAUUUCUCAAACGUGUCAAAAGGGGUAUAAAUACAAUCGAUUUGUUCGAAUCGACAGCCUUCCUUCUUCCCUCGACGGAGUUUUGUCUCACGUCGUAUAUCAAUAUAAAAUUAAUAAUCGUAACACACGAGAGAAAAUAUAUACAUAUACAUACAUAUAUAUAUAUACAUACAUAUAUAUAUAUACAUUAUAAUAUAUAAAUAAUACAUAUAAAAAGAAGAAGAAAAAAAUAUGGCUGACAGCCCGAAAUCAAAAUGCAAAAUGUAAUUGCGUGUCGGACAUGAAAACGAAUAUAUUAUUCGAUAACAAAAAAAAAAAAAAAGAGAGAGAGAUAUGUUCGACAACGCUUAUAGUCACCCUCAAAAUUGUGUAUCCCUUAUCUCCCUUCAUCUUAUCCUUAUCGAUCCCCUUCAUAUCUACCUCCCAACCUUCAUCAACCUACCACCAAUCAUCACUUUCAUCUCCGUCCCAUCAAUGUCCGUAUUGCUAAUCAAAAGGCAGUCGAAGCAAAUCAUCAAAAUAGGUAAUCAAAGCCAGUAGAGUCCCCACGAAUAUCUCGUUCCAUUAAACGUCGCUGGAUACAGGCACCCGAUAUAUAUAUACAUAUAUUCAUACAUACAUAAAUAAAUACAUAAAUAUAUAUAUAUAUAUAUAUAAUAGAUCGAUUAAAUUCUGUUCGAACAUAAACGAUUCGGCGAUAUUAGAACUAUCGAAGACGUUUCUAAUCGCGUUUUUUAUAAUCUGUACGAAUGAAAACGUGAAAAUUUAUCGUAACGCAUAUACACGAUACAUAAGUACAUAUAUAGGUAGGAUCGAUAGGUCGAAAAUUUUGCUUAAAAGUAAUUUUAAAAGAUUUUUUUUUUUUUUUGUUUGUGUUUGCUUCUUUCUCUUUCUUUUUCUUUCAUCGCUGCACGAUUACUCGUUCUCGAGAACAUUUUUACUAGGACGAUUUUUGUACUCAUCUUUGUAUUUUAUUUAUUUUGUAGUGAAAACGUUAUUGUCCGAAAGUAAAACUUCGGAAAAGUCAGGAAAUAAUAGUAAUCGAUUAUUAAUUAAUUUGAAUAUAUUCUCUCGCACGCUCACCACGCCAGUCUGUAUAUGCAUAUCUAUACGUAGGUAUUAUUACACGCGUAGAGAUUCGGGACUCGAAAGGAUAAAGGAUAAAAUUAAAAAAGAGGAUAGAAGAAAAAAGGAAAGAAAAACACAAGGAACAAAAAUCAAAUUUUACAAAGACGAAAGUAUUUUUUGAGCAUACGUUUUUUCUUAACUUAACGAUAACGGAAAAUUCUAAGAGAAAAGAAAACGAAGAGAAAAAAAAGGGAACGUGACAAACGGAUAAUUAUAUCGGUAAAAGAAGAAGAAGAGAGAGAACAAAAGAAUAUAUAUAUAUAUAUAUAUAUAUAUAUAUAUAUAUAUAAAAGGGAGAGAAAAAAAAGAACUGUAAAGAAAAUCUUUUUUCUUUUUUAUUUUUUUUCUGUUUUUUUUUUUUUUCGAAACAGGCAUACGUAUAUAACGUUACAGGAAAAAAAUACAGUAUCUUUGAUUGAUUUAACAAUAAAAUUUUAUCGGGGUUUUUAAUGAAAAAAAGAAUCAAACGCGUCGAAGGGAAAAAAAUAAAAAUUAUAUUUAUUAACGGUCUGCAUCCAGCCAAUAAUCUCUCAAUGGACACAUUAUUCGCAGUGACUGUCUAGAAAUAUAUAGAGCUUUUAUUGUGAAUAACUUAUAUACAUAUAUAUGUGUAAUAAAAAUUGUACACACAUACAUACAUAUAUAUAUAAAUAUAAAUAUAUAUAUAUAUAUGUAUAUAAAUAUAUUAUUAUUAUAAACGCGUCGUGUUUAAUCAUAAAUCUAUCGUGGGAUGGGUAUUUAUAUAUUUUCUAAUCGCACGUGCCUCUCUUCGUUAAUUUAACCGAGCACAUAUUUACACAAAAAAUAUUAUUAAAUGAUAUCGAUUUAGAACGGAGAUAUGUAUUAAAUCGAUAUCGGUGUUAUUUAUCACCACAAACAAAUUCUUCCGCGAAUUUAAUUGCGAAGGAAAUAUGUAAAUUUUCAUUUCUAUUUAUUAUUUCAUACGCGCUACGCGUUGGCCUUUCGCGAUAUCUAACACGUAUAAAGAUCGAUCGAUCGAUCGACCAAUCGAUCGUUCGGUCGUUCGAUCGAUCGAUUGUUCGUGUGAGAGAAGCUUAAUCGCGUUAAAACGAAGAAGAAAGAAAAAGAGAGAAAAAAGAAAAAAAAAUAUAUGUCACGAGAUCGCUUAUCGGUAUAUGCAUAAUAAUUUACGCUUAAAUCGAACCGAGGAAAUAAAAAAAACACAAAAAAAAAGAAAAAAGAAAGGGAUGAAACAAAAUAACAGAUAUUGGAAAUAAUACGAUCGAAGUACUAAACGAUAUAUAUAUAUAUAUAUAUAUAUAUAUAUAUAUAUAUAUAUAUAAAAGUUUUUUAAUAGAAUUCGUUUAAUGAUAAAUAAAAACCAAAUUUGUUUUGCAAAGAAAGAAGAAGAGUAAAAUUAAAUAAUGAAAAAGAAAAUAAUAAUAAUAAUAAUAAUAAUAAUAAUAAUAAUAAUAAUAAUAAUAAUAAUAAUAAUAGUAAUAGUAAUAAUAAUAAGAAACAAAAAAAAAACACAAAACAAACAAACUAAGAAAUCGCAGCCGAUAAUAUUUUGUAUGCGAGUGAGAAAAAAAGGAAAAGAAUAAAAAAAUAAAAAAGAAAAAUAAUAAUAAUAAAAAAAAAGAAAGAAGAGGAAAAGGAAAAAAAAACAAAAACUUUCUUACGAUUAGACCAAUUAACGUAUAAACAUAAGGACGAUAUAUAAUAAUUAUUACGUAUAUAAUAUAAUUGUAAAGCGUUAAAACAAACAAACCAAUUAACAAACAAACAAACAAAUACAUAAAUAAAAAAUGAUAAAAAAAAAUAAAUAAAUAAAUAAAUAAAAUAAAAAUGUAAAAGUAAAAGUAAAAGUAAAAGUUAAAAAUAAAAUAAAGUAAAAUUACAAGUAUGUGUAGAGAAAGAGUAAAUCUAUACUCCAAUGCAAUGUCUCUGAAUUGAAGAAUAUAGAAAAAGCGUGCUCGCCUUUUUGACGAAAUUAGGAGAGUGCCAAAAUAGAUUUUGAAAGUUUAUACAUGCGAAAAUAUAUAAUGUCUGUUCGUUUUUUUUUCUCUCUAUUUUUUUUUCUUUUUUUUUCAAUUUUUUUGUCUUCAUUCUUUUCGCGCUGAAAGAGUGUGUUUGUGCAUACCUAAUAUGUAUGUGUAAUAUAUCUAUGGACGUUUACGCGAAAUUUUUAUAUAGAGAGUGUGUUGUGUCCGUUGUAAGUGAAUACUUACAUAUAACGAUAUAUAUUAUAAUAAUAUAUAUUACGGUAUAUUAACGAUAAUAAGAAAUAUAUCGUUUCUCGUUGGAUUCAUCUCUUCGUUGAGAGAUCGAUAAAUCUAUAAACUAUAAAAUCGAUUAAAACCCACGACGAUUCGAUAUAAUAUCCGGAGGCCGUCAAUAAUUUAUCCCCCCCGUUAACGUCAAUAACGAUAAUAAUAAAUAAAUAAUAAAUGAAUGAGUAAAUAAAUAAAUAAUAAAAAAAUUCAGCGAGAGUGAGAGAGAGAGAGAGAGAGAGAGAGAGAGAGAGAGAGAGAGAGAGAGAGAGAAAGAAAGAAAGAGAGAUCAUUUUUCAGAGAUGAUCCAUCGAGAUCGAAUAAUGAAUUUAUGUGUAAUUCAUAUAAUAAGCAUAUAUGGAAGAAAAAAAAGAUAAUGUCGGAUAUGAGAGAUCUACCUAAUGUGUUUAAAGAAUUCUUUAUAUGGUAGAUAUAAAAAUUAAUCGUGUCGAUCGUCAUAUAAUACUAUAUAUACAUAUAUAUAUAUUAAAUUAUCUCUCGUUGAGAUCCUUUGACCUUGUCUCCUAAACGAAAUAAUAAUCCUCGAUGAACUAUUGUCAAAACUGUUCGAAUUAAUCGAAUCGAUAGCAAAGAAACUAACGAAUUUUAAAUUUACUUUGAAAUUAAAAAAAGAAAAAGGGGUUGGGGGUGGAGGGGAGAUAAAAUUGGAAAGAGAUGUUGAAUAUCUGGGUCAAGGUCAAGGUAUCUCGUCCAACGUCGUUCUCUCUCAUCGUCAUUCGCGAUUAACAAAAUGACGUCGAAGUCAUUUUGAUCCGUCAUUAGAGGAAUUAGAAGAAAUAAAAAAGAAAAAAAAAAUAAUAAAGAAAAAGAAGAUAAAUUAUGUCGUCUCUAUCGCGAUAAAAAUCUUAACUUCCAAAAUAAAUCUCUUCGUCGUUAGUUGAUCCUUCGCAAUCAUCCCUCGGUCCCUCUCACCCUCUAACCACCACCCACCCUAUCCUCCUUAUAUAAGUGUGCUUGCCGUUCGACGGUAUAAAAUUUCGACCAAAUCUACUUGUCUAUAAUCAUUCCGAAACGUUUACUAUCUCAAUAUAGGUACUUACUUACUUACUUACUUACUUACUUACUUACUUACUUACUUAUUGCUUGUCUCAAGCAUCAGCUGUUUCAACAUCUCUUGUCGCUUAACUACGCACACAGAUACAACAUACAUAUACACACACACACUGUCUAUAUAUAUAUAGAGACAAAAGAAAAGAAAAGAAAAGAAAAAACACCCUAGUCUUCUCUUCCUCUCUCAUUCUUAACUCUUCAAGCAAGUCCCCCCUCUCUCUCUUACAAUUAUCGACUCUCGACCUACGUCGAAUCAUUCGAUACACAUACACGUACACGACCAUACAUAUCUAUAUCUAUAAUAUAUAUAGAUAUAUACAAGAACACACUUAUAUCGGUUUUCUCUAACGAUAUAAUAAAUAUUCUCGGAUAUGCAUAUCGAUAAGUUAUUAUAGAUGUCAAUUUUUACGAAGAAAAUAUAUUUUGACAGAUUCUUCUUCGGACAGAAAAUCCUUUGCGAAGGAAUGAUAAAUACGCGCGCGUGAAGAUAAAAAAGAUUAAAAAAUAAAAAAGACAAAAAAAGGAAGAUAAAAAGAAUGAAAGAAAGAAAGAAAGAAAGAAAGAAAGAGCAGAAAGAAAGAAAGAAAGGAAAGAAGAAAAGAAAGAAAAGGAAGAACAAAUGAAAAAAAAAAACAAAGAAUUUUAAUGGGACAUUCCCGUCCGAUUUUUUUCGAACAACAAAUCUUGUCGAUAUCUCUCAUUAAUUCUAUUUUCACCAACAAUAUAAAUCAAGCAAAAUAAUAAUAAUAAUAACAAUCGCUCGCACGAUUAAUUUCACGUUUACGGAUCUAUUUUCAAUUGACAUACAUAAUCUGCAUUCAACAUUACUCUAAUCUCUUUAUUAGAGAAAGAACGAAUGAAUGGUGAUCCUUUUUAUUCGCUUACAGUGAGAAGUAAUAACGGUCCAUAUGUAAUCUUUAGAAUUAUUCUAUUUUAUAAUUUUAGUGUGUAGCGUGUAAUUAGAUUAGGAUGUAAUACGUAAAAUAUUAAAAUAUAGGAUCCGUAUGAUUUCCUUUUUUUUUUUUUAUUCACGAUGUACGAGCGCGUUAUCUUUUUCUUUUUGUUUUUUUUUCUCUUUUUACGAACGAUCGAUCAAAUUAAUCGACAUUAUUAUUAUUAUUAUUAUUAUUAUGUUUUUUUUUUUUAUUAUUGUUGUGUCGAUCGUUCGUUCGCGCGUAUUUUGAUAUGCGUAUUUGUUUAAAAAAAAAAAAAAAAAGCAAAUAGAAAUUGUAUUUCUAAUGGAUAAAUAACGUAUGUCCCUGUGGCCACCGUAUUAUUGUUGUCUCCCCUCCCCAUUAUUACUUCUCACAGUAUAUUACGAUUAGAACGUCGAUAUGUAGAUUAGUAGCGUUGAGAUCUCUAUCUUUGGCACGCUAGCUUUGUGUAAUUUAUUGUAAAAUGUGAGGACAUUUUAACAGAGGCGUAAAAAGGAUUUGUUAUAUUUCUUUCUUAUUUUUUAUUAAUUAAUUAAUUCAUUCAUUCAUUCAUUCAUUUAUUUUUAUUUCUCGUUUUAUUUAUUUUGUUUUUUUCAAAUUGUUAUGAAAAGCGUAGAUAUACAUAUAUAAAUCGUUUUCGUGCUACGUAUAAUUAAUUUAGAAUAAUGAAGACUUUUGUGACAGACACACAUAUACAAACGCACGUACACAGAAACAAAGACAAUUUUUAUUAUAAUUUGUAAAAUAGAUAUUUCAUAAAUUCUAUAUUAUAUAUAUAUGUAUGCUUAUAUACGCCUCUGGAUUUCCGAUUUCUAUCAUUGAUAUCUUUAACCACUAGUUCACGUAUAGAAUUAUAAACUAUUUACAAAAGAAAAUACACCGUCGUGUGAAGACUGUAUGUUCAUAUAUAUAUAUAUAUAUAUAUAUAUAUAUAUAUAUAUAUAUAUAUGUCGCGAGUGUCACUUCGUUUGAGAUUAAACGACGAAAAAUUAAAUCAUAGCUCUGCGAUUAUCUUCAUUCGCGAAUAAGAAAAAAAAAAUAAUAAGAUAAAUAAAUAAAUAAAUCGUAUGUAACUCUUAUAUGAAAAAGAUAAAAAUGAAAAAAAAUUCGAAUGUUUUAUUAAGAUAAAAAAAAAAGAGAGAGAGAGAGA